AUGUAACCUAAUGCAUUCAAACUGCCGUGACAAAGGCAGGGAAGCAGUAAUGCAACAUAACAAAGAAUACAAUGAAUUCCCAACACCGCAAAGUUCAACAAACUACAACAAUAACACCGUCCUGUUAUAAGUUUGACUGUGGAGCAACUGAGGGCUGCUGAAAUGUGACAGAACUUCCACGUCUAUGCUACUACAGCAUUAAUCCAUGUUAGGUUUUUUUUGUUUUGUUUCUUUGUCAAAAUGAGUGAAGUUUUUGUGCGGGUGGCGGUCCGAAUCCGGCCUCUGCUUCCAAAAGAAAAACUCCACAGACACCAGAAGUGUGUGAGAUUGGUGCCAAGCUCCACACAAGUGUUGUUUGGCUCAGAAAGACUCUUUUCCUUCGACCACACGUUUGGACCGACAGCCAACCAGGACGAGGUCUACAAGUCAUGUGUCCAGCCGCUGGUGGAACACCUGAUCACCGGCUACAAUGCCACCAUAUUCUGCUACGGACAAACUGGAUCAGGAAAAACAUACACGAUGGAAGGAGGCCAUCUGGGUAGGGAAUAUGAAGAGGGGGGAAUCAUAGACCGCGUGGCCCAAGAUGUGUUCUCACUGUUGGAAGAGAAAAAGAACAAUAAUGACAGUAUGGAGACCACGGUGUGGGUCACAUACAUGGAGCUGUACAGAGAGGAGCUGCGUGACCUGUUGGAGCAACCCGGUGUACACAAAGUGUUUCACAUAAGAGAGGACGAAAAAGGAAACACCGUGGUGAUGGGAGCCAAAGAAAUCGUCAUCAAUUCAGCCGAAGAGCUUCUCAGUGUUCUACAGACAGGCAGAACACUGCGGCAAAUCGCCAUCACGGGAAUGAAUGAGCGCUCCAGUCGCUCUCAUACCAUCAUCACCCUCAGGGUUGCACAGUGCUGCCACAAUGACAACUCCUCCGUUAAGUCUGUACGAACCUCUAAACUUCGCCUUAUUGAUCUGGCCGGGUCAGAGCGCGCUGGAAAAACGGGCAACACCGGUGUGAGGCUGAAAGAGUCGGUUCAUAUCAACACAGGCCUGCUGGCUCUCAGCAAAGUCAUCAGCGCUUUGUCCAAUCCUGCACGGGCAGGACACAGCAUACACAUACCCUACCGUGACGCCAAAAUCACACGCCUCCUCCGUGACGCUCUAGGAGGAACUUCUCACACCCUGAUGGUGGUUUGUGUCAGUCCUUCUCACCACAGUGCCGAUGAAACCCUGGGAGCUCUGCACUUUGCGUCCAAGGCCCGACACAUUCGCAACAGCCCCAAAGCCACGUGCACAGAGGUCAAAUCAUGUAUCGUUGCUCGCCUCGCGGAGCUCGAGUUCGAAGUGCAGACUCUUAGAGAGCUACUGAAGGAGAAGGAGAUGGUAAGAGAGAGAUCAGGGGGGAGGGGUUCAGAAGGGGAGCGCUUUAGACAGUACCGACUCUUGGCUCAAGAGGCUGAAGCUCUACUCCUAGAACUCUCUGACACGUCCCCGAGCGAGUCUUUCAGGGACCGGCUGCAUGACUGGCAGGAUAGACUGGCAAUCAUUAAUAAUGCACAUCUGAUCGAUAACGAUGACGAUUCAGAUGGGGGUGGAGACCAACAUGACCACGAGAUGGUGCUUAAGCUGAGAGAAGAGCUGAACAGAUGUCAGGAAGCACUGAACCUACAGGAGCAGCUGCUGGAGCAGAAGAAUGAAGAACUACGACAGGUGCAGACGGAAGCCGAGAAAAGUCUGCAAAAAAACACAUUCGACCUCAAAGGCUCUGAUAAAGAAAAGGAACAUAAUCAUAUACAGAUUGUAAACGAUCACCUUCGCAGAGGCAUCGUAAGAUUACAGAGUGCAGCUGCUGAGAUGGUGGAGGAAGCAGUGGUUUCUGGGAAGUCAGACAAGAGGCCACACAGCGACCCUCUGACCAGACGCAGCUAUGAAGAGCAGCCACCCAGAAAGAUUCCCUCCUGUCCUGCAGCUCUGGACAGAGCGCUGCCAGCCCUGAGGAUAAAUCGAAGGUGUCUACUGCCAGAAAGCAAUGAAAAGAACGAGAUGUUUUGUGAUUUUGUGAGACAACAAGACAGGAGUCAACUGAAUGAAGGGGAAGGGCAUUGUGUUAGCCACACCUUUACGGGUUUUCUAAACCAAACGUGGCAAAUUCAGCAAAAGAAUGGAAAUAGAGUAAUGCAACUUCCAGGAAACAAAGGGACUAAGGACCAUCACAUCAGAACACGACCCAGCGUUACACAAAGGAAAAUCCAAGACCUGUCUGUAAACAUACGCAUGAAGGAGGAGCUCCUGGUAGAGCUGGACAAAACUGAGACGAUGAUCCAGGCAGUGAACGGACACGUCAUGCACGGUGGAGAUAACAGAGAACCUGGAAUACUGGGAGAGCUUUCCUUACAAAACCAGCAGACAAGAAAAGAUGUGUAUCUGAGCCUUCAGCAGAUGAGGCUGGAGAGAGACCAGCUUCAAAACAACUUCAUGCAGCAGGAACAGAUGCCUUGCACUGAAGAUGUUGGCCAAAGUAAGGUGUUUGAAAGUAGUUGGCUGGAGCAGCAGGAGGAACAGGUGUUGCAGAAGAGAGAGGAGCUGCAGGAGCUGCAGCAGGAGUUGAGGAGCAGAGACGAGGUGGUACGGCGUAGAGAGGCCUGUCUGCAGGAGAGGAACAAGUUGGAGAGGAAGAUGCUUCGCUCCAGUCAGGCUCUGAGUCAGGACCUGCUGUGUGUGUCGAUGCAGCUGAAGUCUGUGGAGGAGCAUCUGCACAGCAAUGGAGACGGUGGAAUCACCACAGAGGAGCUGGAGAAAGAAAGAGACGUGCUUCAAAAGAGGACAGCGGCUCUGCACGCUCAGCUGAAGGAGAACAGAGUUCUGAGCGCAGGGGAGGAGUACAACCUGCUCCAGCUGGAGGAAGCCAUUGAGGCUCUAGAUGGUGCUCUAGAGUUUAAAAACAACUUCAUCAAGGACAAACAGAGGAAGCUGCUCAUCACCGAUCCUGCCCGAGUCUGUGACGUCAUCAGCAAGCUGAAGGAGCUCUCGCAGCCCGAGGCUUCAGAGAUGCUCAUCAAAUAUUUCAACAAGGUCGUUUGUCUUCGUGAGAACGAGCGCCAUCUGCGUUUGCACUGUGAGGAGCUGGAGCUUCAUGUUGCUGAGCUGGAAGCAGCUCUGGGGGACAUGGAGGCUGCCAUGCAGCGUUUGGCUCUAGAGGCUGAUCGCAGGUUCACCAAACAGUGCAAGGACUACCAGGGAAACAUUGAGAGACUGUCUGUGAAACUUCAAGAGGACAGCUGUGGGCAGCAGCAGCCACCAAUACCAAAUCGACUGCAGCAUCUCGAGAAAGAACUUUUUUACUACAAGAGCUACAACCGGAAGCUUAAAAGAAUGCUUCAAGGACUUGGCGGUGGUGCCCAGAGGCCUGAGGAUCAGGAGCUGGAGCAAAGACAAACACAAAACAUAAAUCUCCAGGCAGGCCGUAAAAAAUGCCACACCAAUCCCGAGUCUGCACAAACACAGAGAGAGGCGGCAACGACGCGCACGGUGAUCCACAUGGAGCAGACGGAGCGAAGGACACACAAUAUUUCCCACACAAAAAGACACAUACCCCAAAUCCCUGGUCUUCCUAUGUCCUCUGACCUUCAAGCGCACAAACCUACUAAACUUUCUGAACAUGAGCCGCUCCAGACACUCCCACAGUCCCACAGUCAGGAUGGGAAUGUGAGGGAGGUUGCUGGGCAACAUUUAGAGGUGACACCACUGCGCCUGAGUCGGCGGAGGGUGAGACAGAUCUCUCGGCCUGAGGUGAGGGUCUCUGGUUCUGCCACAAGGAGACAACAGUCUGACGGAGAUAAAGACUCAUAGAGCUGCCCAGAAAACAAUCAUCACAACUCGAUAAUUUGUUGAAGCGCCGGUAACCAUGGAGACUUUCUUUGUAAAUAAAUGUUUUUAUAAAUGCUGAUAAAUGUGGACAUUGAUGUAUCUCCUACAAGACCAAUGCACUAGCAGUAUACUUAUCUCAACUAUUGUUAUAUAUAUACUUGUGUUUUUGGUGUAAUUAAACUACAUACAUGCAAAUGGAUAUCUAGCGUGUACAACUUUGCGGGCCGUCUGUUUAGGUUCUCAGUCAUCCAGGUCAUCUUAUCCAAAAAUAGUCACAUCGAGGGCAACUGGGCAGAGUAGGUUUCUUGAAGACGUUUCACGGAACUGAAGAAGCCUCUUGGAUGAGAGGUGAAACGUCUUUUUUCUUUCCUCCAAAACUGCCCGCCUGAUUCGGUCCGUUGGUAAUUUCUGCCUUCACAUUUAAGCAUUAGACUUGUGUCCAUUGUCAUUAAAGUCAGAGCUGUGGGAUCACCUAAAAGACCUAUAAAAAAACACUACAAAAAGCCAUUUGUUUAAUAAGAUGGAAAAUCUUUCUUUAUUUUUAAAUUAAAACUGUUAAGGACAUUUAGAAUGAAAAAGAAUUUGAAAUGGAGAGAAAGAUUGAUGUACCAUCCAAGAAAUGUCACAUUUUGUGGUCACUGAUCUGGAUUUGUGCUAACAACACCACAAAUGCAAUACGUAUGUGAAACAGCUAUGUAUUAAAUGAUCCAAGCCACCACUUUCCUGUUUAGUCAAAGCACACUACGUCAAAUACCUACAAAAAACCUCAAAUUAUGCCCCAGCAUAAUCACCUUGCUGUUGCGUUAGCUCGAUACAUGUGGACAAAGGCAAAAAUCUGCAUGUUUGCUCCAUUAUUGUUGAUAAAUGUGUAUGUGUUUAACUGAGAAAUCUGAAUGUGUGCAUAGGAGAAUGAGAUAAGACCAACACACAAGACGCAAAGUAUAACAUUUGAAUUCAGUGGUAUAGAAAUGUUGGACGUCACAAUCUGGAAAUUUGGUUGACAAUGAUGACUCCAUUGAGGUCCUUAAGAGGCAGAUCAGAUUUGUCAUCCUCUUCUGGAGCAGUCGGGAUUUAGGGCGAUUCGGUUGGAGGCUUGUAAAUCAAGGCCACAAGCACAAAAAAGAGUGUAGCCAAAACCUGGAAAUCAGAAAGAGAUACGAGUGAAUGAAGAAAAUAAUUAUGUAAGAGGUACACUAUUGGCUGCUAUUUUUCUUUUCUUUUUUUUAAUCUUACCUAGUCCCAUUCACAGUAUGUUAAUGUUUUACCUUAUAGAUGACGACAGCAAUGCCUGUAUGCUUGCUCAAAUCUGAGUUCUGAUGGACAUAGCCCUGCCUGCUUUGGUUUUCUUGCCACAGUACGCACUCUAUGGCUCUAUAGUAAUUAAAAACACGUUUUUUCCUGUUUUUUAGAGGGCCGGAAAAUAUAAUUUUUUUUCCUGUUAUUUCUUAUAAUAUUAUGAUUCGAGGUACGAGCUUAGUCCUGGAACGGAUUAUGCUCGUAUCUCGAGGUUCCACUGUAUUUGUAUUGUUUUUUGGGGGGGCUUUUUGCCCUUCAUUAUGGCUCCCAUAUUAUACCAUGUUUUUAUCUCCCAGACCAGGGGUCACCAACGUGAAAGUGAAUUAUUAUUUGUCAUUGUGACACAGCACACUACUGCACACAACAC